UAAUUAGUGAUCCAAAGGUCAAAAUGUCUGGAAAAAGAAUUGCGUUCAUGUUCGUCUGUGGCGUCCCUGAGGAAUUGAUACUGAGGGAACAUGAGCAAACUAGAUUCAGUUCUAAACAUGCGUGAAGAACAGGAUUUAGUCCCUUUUUUCAAUGCUCUGUUAUGGCGUCUCGAGGAAAGAAACAGGCGAGUAUGAGUAGUUGUGAAAUCAAUUUGCCUCAUGCCAAAUACUUGUGGGUCGAUGGCGAUCAUCCGACCACGGCCAUCUGGCAUCCGAUCUCCAUUCGAGGCGUCCGGCUGGAUCCACCACACCUUAUUUAAUUGAUCUUUUGCUUGCAGCCCGUUUUUCUCACCUACGAACAGAAGAAGGCCUUGGCCCUUUUGGUUCGAGAAAAGAGGAAUCUUCUGAUACCCCGUUUCAGUGCUUCCUUAACCAAGCGAGACAAACUGAAUACAUGGAGUGAAGUGGCCCAGUACAUGAGAUCCUUAGGGGUUAUUGUGGAAAGCCCUGCGUUUCUACGGGAUACUGUGUGGGGAAACCUAAGACGAGCAACAGUCAAAACAUUUGCAGAUCAGAAGAAAACUGGAGCUCAAGGUGGAGAAUGGACAGAGCUGGAUGAUGUUAUUAUGGAUAUUGAAGGGCGUGAGACUGCCAACGUCAUGGGGGUGGGAGUGCCGGAUCUUGGAUCAAAUUCAACUCCCAAUUCCUUGAUGUCAAAUUCCGUCCCCUCUGCUCCGUCAUCCUCCGCCUCGAUGGCCUCCCAUGCUGCAAUCAUGCAAUCGUUCUCAUGCACUUCUCCUUCAACGGAUCCAUUGGAAUCUACCUCCCACUUCGUUCCUGUUCCAUCAACAUCUCCCCGUCCCAUAGAAACAUUCACAUUCGCUGACUCGGCCCCUCCAAUUCCAAACAGGUCCAUUUCUGAAGCUCAGCCAUUACCUGCUAUUUCCUUCACCCCUCAACUUCGAUCAACAUCUCCUACAACCAAAAAGUUGGUACAUCGGAAGAAAAGGAAGGUCGAUGAAAUUGAGCACUUAUUCGAAGAUGGCGAUUUCAAGAACCUUAAGAAAAAAAAAGAUGGAACUGGAGAUGGAACUAAUCAAACAGCAAAUCAAGCUAAUGCAAGCACAAACCGCCUAUUAUGUGAAUUUGGCAAAUUCGACGUCCAAUCCAAUUAAGGAACUCACAUAAUGAUGACAAAAGGAAGUUCAGAAUAUUUUCCAAUACGUAAUUGUUUUUUUAUGUUAAUCACACCAAUACUUUUCCUUUCUCCCUCUUUCCAGCAAUACAUUUUUCAUACGUACAGUAUAUGCAACUGUGUAUUAAUAAAUGUUGUUAUAUUAUGAGUG